CAUUUUGGAUCUAGAGCUUGUAAUGAAAUGUUUGAAAAUCAAUCUAUUCGAUGUAAUUGCAAACCAGCAACUGAAUGUACAAAUACUGUUGGAAAAUAUUCCUUUUGCGAAGGAUUAACUGUAUGUUUUUAAAUUUUAGAGUUUAUAAAAUAACUUUUACAGCCGUGAAGUUUAUUUUUUAUCUUUUUUUUUGUGAUGCAAUAAUUGCAGUGCUACUCAUCGAUUCUUAAAGAACCGAAAAGUUCGAUUGAAAAACAAGGUUGUUUGGCUGGUUUUAAUCAAAUUCAAUGUACAGUCCCCCCAACCGAUUAUUUUAAAAUAACCUGCUGCAAUUCGAAUUUCUGCAAUAAGAAUUUUGGAUACAGCUAUGCGGAGACCACUUCAACUCUUAAAAAAGUUGAUACAAGUGUUCUGGCUUUUGUAAUUCCUAUUAUAGUUGGUUUAUUGAUCGCCCUUGCUAUCUUUUCGUACUAUGUUAUUUAUAAAUUCAGAUGUAGUUCUACCAAUAUAAAUGAAGAGGCGAGUACUUUAGAUUAUUACGAAAAUAACUGUAGCACGUAAUUUCUUUCAUUAUCAUACUUUUGGAUUUUCUGUGUAAUUUAAAAGAAAAAACGCAUAACUGAACCUCCCUCAUUAUAUUCACAAUAUUACUAGAGUUUAUUGUCUUUCAUUUCAUUUAACCUAAAUGUUAAUAUACUGUUCUUCUUAUGUAUGUAUAUAUGUGUGUACAGUAUAUUAUUAUUCAUAUUUAUUUUUACAAAAGGAACAAUGUGAUAUAAACCUAACUAGCGGUAGCGGAAUGGGUCUGCCAUACCUUAUGCAUAGAACCGUCGCUAAUGAGAUACGAUUAUCACACACAAUCGGUAGGGGAAAAUUUGGAGAAGUAUGGAAAGGUUCUUUACACGGAGAUGACGUGGCUAUUAAGAUAUUUUAUUCCCUAAAUGAAAAAUCGUGGAAUAGAGAAUGUCAGAUAUAUAAUACGGUUCUUCCACGUCACGAAACGAUACUUGCUUAUUUAGCUUCAGAUAUUACAUCAAGACAUAGCCUAACACAGUUUUGGUUGAUAACUCAGUAUCACUCGAAUGGUUCUGUUUUUGAUUAUUUACAAGAAAGAAAAAUAUCAACUACAGAUUUACUUCGAAUAAUACAGUCAGCUGCUGCUGGCUUGGCUUACUUACACACUGAAAUUUUCGGAAAAGAAAGAAAACCUGCUUUAGCUCAUCGCGAUUUCAAAAGUAAUAAUGUAUUAAUAAAAGAUGAUUUACGUUGCUGUAUAGCUGAUUUUGGGGUGUCAGUACUUUAUUAUAGCGAUACAAAGAUGAUUAAUUUGGGAAAUUUACCUAAAUUGAUUGCUGGAACAAAACGAUAUCUUUCACCUGAAAUUCUAGACGGUACACUAGAAUCGUCAAAUUUUGACUGUUACAAGAAGAGUGACGUUUACGCAUUCGGAUUGUUUCUUUGGGAAAUUUAUCACAGAUGGGAACUUGUCAAAAACAGUUCUAAAACGUAUAAUCUUGCUUAUUACGAAAAUAUAUCUCACGACACGAGCAUUGGCAAAAUUCGUCAAAUUGUAUGCCAGAAUAGAUGCAGACCAGUAUUUAGCGAUUGCGAGGAGACAGAAAUGCUUCUAGGUAAAAAGCUUCAAAAGAUAUCCAUUGAAUGCUGGGCUCACGAGUACGAUGCGAGAUUAAGCAGCUUAAGGAUAAAAAAGACUUUAAACAAGCUUAUGCAUUAA